GAAACGCCGGGCUGGAGGCGGCGGCCGGGCUGAGGUGGCUGAGCGGAGCGCGGGAGGCGCGGCCGGCGAUGCGGAGCCAGAGGCGGCGGCCGCGGCGGCACCAGCUGUGGGCGAUGGGUGUGGGACAGGAAAGAUGAUCUAAAAUCAUUCACCUUCUAAGCAUUAAGAUCAAGGCUGAGGUAGAAAGGACAGGAAGAAAGUAUGGCUGGACCCAAUACUUUGCAAAGUAGAACUUGGGUAUCCAGAUUUACUCAGCAUCAUGUUGUUGUGUUCCUGCUCACUUUCUUCAGUUAUUCACUUCUUCAUGCUUCAAGAAAAACCUUUAGCAAUGUGAAGGUCAGCAUUUCUAGCCAAUGGACUCCAACAUACUUAAACAAAACUGGUGUGAAACUGGAGCCUGUUGAGCUUUGGAACAGCAACCAUUUAUUUCCAAAUGCAGAGGAAGCAACUCUUUUCCUAGGAACACUGGACACUAUUUUUCUCUUCUCUUAUGCUGUGGGUCUUUUCAUCAGUGGUAUAAUUGGGGAUCGGUUCAAUAUGCGAUGGGUUCUGUCCUUUGGCAUGUGCUCCUCUGCAGUGGUGGUAUUUUGCUUUGGCACCCUCACAGAAUGGCUUCAUUUCUAUAACAAGUGGUUCUACUGCUCCCUGUGGAUUUUGAAUGGCCUGCUCCAGUCCACUGGUUGGCCAUGUGUUGUUGCAGUAAUGGGCAACUGGUUUGGGAAAGCUGGACGUGGAGUCAUUUUUGGUCUCUGGAGUGCUUGUGCCUCAGUAGGCAAUAUUUUGGGAGCAUGCCUAGCAUCUUCAGUUUUGCAAUAUGGGUAUGAGUAUGCCUUCUUGUUAACAGCAUCAAUACAGUUUGCUGGUGGAAUUGUUAUCUUCUUUGGGCUUUUGAUAUCUCCAGAAGAAAUUGGUCUUUCAGGGAUUGAAGAAGAAGAAAGUUCUGAAGAUGACCCUUGUAGACCACUAAUUCACAAUACUGACAGUGAAGAACAUGAACCCAAUUAUUCAAUCCAAGAAAUAAGUACACUCCAUCAGCCCAAAGCAAUCAGCUUUUAUCAGGCUUGUUGCCUUCCUGGAGUUAUGCUGUAUUCCCUGGCCUAUGCCUGCUUGAAGUUAGUGAAUUAUUCCUUCUUCUUCUGGCUGCCCUUUUAUUUGAGCAACAACUUUAGAUGGAAAGAGGCUGAAGCUGACAAACUCUCCAUUUGGUAUGAUGUUGGAGGAAUUAUAGGUGGAACUUUACAAGGCUUCAUCUCUGACAUGCUACAGAAGAGAGCACCAGUGCUUGCUGGAAGUCUGAUUCUGGCAAUUGGGUCCUUGGUUGGAUAUAGCCGUUCUCCAAACAAUAAGACUAUUAAUGCACUUCUAAUGACUAUUACAGGGUUUUUCAUUGGAGGACCCUCUAAUAUGAUUAGUGCUGCUAUUUCUGCGGAUUUGGGUCACCAGGAGCUAGUACAAGGAAACAGUGAAGCUCUGGCCACAGUUACAGGAAUUGUUGAUGGAACUGGGAGUAUUGGAGCAGCAGUGGGACAGUUUUUAGUGUCUUUGAUUCAGGACAACCUAGGCUGGAUGUGGGUUUUCUAUUUCUUCAUUUUAAUGACAAGUUGUACAGUUCUGUUCAUCUCACCAUUAAUAGUGAGGGAAAUAAGAUCUCUUGUGCUAAGAAGAUAAGAUAUGUUGAAUGAAUGACCAUUGUUCUUCGGAGAGAGGCUGUUGUAGAUAAAACAAAGGACACAAACUGGACUGUUAUUUAAUUUAAAUUUCUUUUAAGUCACCAUAUUUGGAGGAAAUUUGGUGAUUGGUGGGAUGAACUGCUGGACUUGGAAUCAAGAAGACCUAAGUUCUAUUCCUGCCUCAGACAUGAGCUCUGUGACUCCCAGGCAUGUCACUUAAUUCUUGUCUUCCUGUCUCUACCUCCUAGAAUUGUUGUGAGCAUUAAAUGAGAUAACAUUAUGUAAGGUGCUUUUUAAAUCUUAAAAGCGCUGUGUAAAUGGUAGCUAUCAUUAUUAUCAUUAUCAUUAUCAUUGGAGGAAGGGGAAAUCCUCCAAAAUGACUUGGCAUAAAACUUGAGUUAAGCCUAAUUCAACAUUUAGCACUAUCAGUCACUGGAGAAACAGACUUUGAGCGGCCACAAAGUAAAACAACUGGCUACACUACAAGAAUGGCCACAGGACGUUCUGUUUUAACUCUCCCACUCUUCUGGACCUUGGUCAGUUUAUACCUGCCAUCUUGAUUGUUGCAUCUGUUCUCCAGAAAACAACACUAAACCUUGAGCUUUCAAGUUCAGAAAGUUAAGUGAAGAUGAGGAAUCGUGGUUAGUGAACUGCUUCAGCGCUGUGGUUUGCUGUGGGUUUUGUCCGUGGUUACAGUGCAAAGGAGUAAGUGAUUCUGGAAGCAUUCUGUUCUCAUCAAGUACAUGAGUAGGACUUGGGAAGUGUUUUAAGUCUUCCUUGUUUGAAAAAUUCCUCUGGCAUUUCAGUUGUUGGUGGGGGAAUGAUACAACAUACUUAAUCACUAGCUCUCUAGCUUUAAAUCAUUCUGAUGGCCACUCUUUCAAUUCACUUGGCUUCAUUAAGAAUUACUUUUAACUUCUAGAAGUACCGAUUAGCCUUCCUUUCCAAGGAUUUAUAAGGUAGAUUAAUUAUCUUGGACAUUCCAAAGUAUAAGUAGCAACUGAAGUAUUUAGUGGCUCAAAUUUGCUGCCAGGGGACUUUAAUAACUAAUGUAAGUGAGUUAUAAUCUUAAGCCCUAUUAUUAGAAGGUUGAUCUCUGUUCCAGGUGAACUCCCCAAAUCAUCUCAGCAAAGAAUCAGAAUUAGAAAGAAGGCAGAGACUUUGUGUGGAAGGUAGCAUGCAACAGUUGAGAAUCAAUAUUAGAAAAGUGCUAAAGUCUGAGAGGCAACUGAGUUAUAAAAAAAUGAAAACCAUCUUCAAGGACAAGCAUUUUUGACUAGUCACCAGCUUUACCAUCAUUGUGUGCAUAGUGGGGGGGGGGGGGGGUUAAAUUAUGUAAACCUGCUAGCUGAGGGGAAAUGUGCAAUUUUUCAGGUAUUUUUAAUCAUUGAAUUGGUUAGGGAACAAUGUUCAAGCCUCCCUGUUUUCCGUAAUAUGUUGUAUUUAUGGACUUGAAGAAUCACUUUGUUGCUUCUUGCUGACAAAAAGGGAAACCUUUGCUAACAAGGGCCGGAAGUCUUGGAAAGAAAAAAAUAUAUACUGACUUUUAUAUAUAUUUUUAAAUUUUUUCAGGUUCAAAUUCUCUUUCUCCGUCCACCCCCUCCCUUACCCACUGAGAAGGCAAGCAAUACUCUACCCAAUUAUAUGGGUGAUGACUUUUUCCCAAAAAAUUUAUCUUUAAGCAUUUCAUCUUGUGAGCUAUAAGAAUUAGAAUUUUGUUAGUGCCUUAAGAUUUUCCAGAUAUUGAAUGUUUCCCAGGGAUGAAUUUCUAGUACUUUAUUAUUGGGAGGAUUCAUGGCUUCUCUGCUUGGUUCAAAUAAGCAAUGGCCUCAUUUCUGUUAUGUUGUUAAAGGGUCUUCCCUCCCCUUUGUUUAAUAUUGGGCCUAUUUUCAGCUAAGUUUAGAUAAAUUGCAUACUUUGGAUUUAAUUACACGUAGUAGAUCAAUUUCAGUCUAAUCUUUACUUUCUGGCAUUUGAUGAUAAGAGUUUUUUUUUUUUUUUUUCCCUGAAUAAUCUGUGUUAUUUCAAGACCCAUAUUAGUCCUUAUUUGUUUUAUCAAAUUUUAACCCAUGUGGAGUAAUUAAAGAUAUAUAGUUCUGUGUACUUUCUUACUUAAAUGUAUCAUUAAAAGUUUUUCAUCAUGAUAUUUGGUCUUACAUAGUCUGAAAUGAGGGAUACACUUUUAAAGAACAUAUAUGUGUGUGUAUACAUGCAUAGAUGUGUGUGUACACAUAGAUAUGCAUAUCAACUUAUGAAUAUACAUAUAUGUGUGCAUUUAUAUACAGAUAUAAAUGUGUUUGUGUGUACAUAGAUGGACACAUAACAUAUAUGUACCUUUUACUUCCUAUUUUAUCUCCCUUAAAGAAAUAUGUAUCUUAAUAAAGACCAACUAUAAAAUGCCUUCAUCCUUUGCUAUGCAAAAGGUUCUCAGAUACCUGUUAUAUUGAAAAAAAUGACUAAUCUUUUUGUUUUUAAAAAUCUGAAACAGUUUUGGUUGCAUGAAAGAAUCAGGUGGAGGAGCAUUCUGAGAUGUUAUUUUUAAAAAAUGAGGUCACAUAAAUAAAUUUUUUUUAAUGAAA